AUGUCCUACGUUUCCUCUGCUCCCUCUCAGCCGUUUCUCCUGAUCGACUUGAUCAAACUCCGAAACGUGACCGUGGACGUCCCAACCAAGUCGUCCUGGGUCCAAGCGGGAGCCGUUCUCGAUGAAGUCUACCAUAGUAUUGCCUCUGCCAGCGAGACACUAGCAUUCCAUGCAGGGAUCUGCCCAUCCGUCGGUGUCGGCGGGCAGAUCAGCGGUGGAGGGUACAAAAUGAUGCUGAGGAAGUACGGGAUGGCUGCGGAUAAUAUCCUUGACGCCCACUUGGUGGACGUGGACGGCAGAGUCCUGGACAGAGCCGCCAUGGGGGAAGACGUUAUCUGGGCGAUUCGCAGCGGCGGAGGGAACACCUACAGAAUCAUCGUCUCCUGGAAAUUGAACUUAGUCCCUGUCCCCGCCCAGCUGACGGGGUUCACGAUUUCCAAAACCUCGGAACGAAACGUGACGAAAGUCGUGGACAGGUACCAGCACGUGGCGGAUAAGCUCCCUGACGAACUCAUGAUCACGCUGAUGCUGAACAGAAUUCGUUCCACCGCUUCCCAAGGGCAAACCACAAUAGAAGCUGUGUUCCAGGGUCUGUAUCUGGGGGAAGCAGAGACCCUGCUGAUGGUGAUGAAACAGAGCUUUUCGGAGCUGGAACUGACACAACAGGAAUGUACCGAGAUGACCUGGAUUGAGCCAGCCCUCUACUUCGCUGGGUACCCAAAUAAAACCUCCUAUCACGAAUUACUCAACAGCAGGAGCAGCUCCCCUGUCCAAUUCGACAAAGUGAAAGCGAAAUCCGACUACGUGCAGAGGACGCUCCCGGCCAAGGCGUUGCAGGGGAUUUGGAAGAGGUUUUACCAAGUGGAACUGGGACCGCCGCUGAUGCAGAUCUUUCCCCACGACGGGGAAAUCAGCCGAAUCUCAGAUUCCAGCAUCCCGUACCCGCACAGAUCUGGUAUCAUAUUCAAAAUCCAGUAUUAUGCGGUCUGGUCUGGAGAAGGGAAGGAAGUAGAGAAAAGACAAUUGGACUGGAUAAAAGGGCUUUAUAAAUUUAUGACGCCGUACGUUUCCAACAACCCAAGAGGCGCGUACCCCAACUCCAGGGAUCUGGACUUGGGAAAGAAUGAUCCAACGGGGAGUACAGCCUAUGAACAGGCAAGAGUUUGGGGCGAGCAGUAUUUCAAGCAUAAUUUUGAGAGGUUGGCUCGUGUGAAAGCCGCCAUUGAUCCCUCUAAUUUCUUCAGGAAUGAAUAG